AUGCCAAAAAUCAAGUCCACAACAACUCCCAACGUCCUCGACCUAGCUGAGGUCGCUACAACGACUGUAAACAGUGCGCUAAACUCAACGACAAAGGAUAUGUGGGGAUUCCCAUAUGACAGGCCGCUCUCCAAUCCGUAUGCGCAAUAUGUAAGUUGUAAACGCAUAUUAAACUCUCUUAUUACAAAAAAUGGAGCCUCCAAAAUCUUUUGUAAGAAUCUCUCUGUGGUAGCUUGAUCUUUUUAAAUAGUUUAAAUUUGACAAUCAUGAACCAUAGUAAAUGUAUAUUGUUCGAUAUGGGCUAAUUGUAAGAGUAACUUACCAUUGAGAAAAUUCUCUCUACUUGCCUACCAACAGUUUUGCAGGCCCUGUAAUUGUACUACAUCUUAUUACAAACCCUUCCGUUGUAGGUAAAUUUUGAUGACAUCCCAUUUUCAGCUCUACGAUACCUAUUAUGGGAAGGGCGUCCAGUUUGAAAUCAUUCUGCCUCCCAUUUUGUACAUUAUCCUCAUGUUCCUCAGUUACUUUGGCAAUGGGAUGAUAGUGCUUUCAACCAUCAAGAACAAAAAUCUCCAUGGCUCCUACAACAUUCUGAUGUGCAUGGGUUGCAUUGGCGACAUGAUGCACCAAAGUUGUCAUUGGGUUUACUCCGUAAACAUGUUCUCGGGCAACAAUUUCAUACCAUAUAACUUGUGUUUCUACACUCAAGCCUUCUUCCAAACUGGGAUUAGUUUGAGCGUGGUGAUGACGUUUUUUGUCGGAAUCGACCGGUUGAUCAGUGUUACUAUGCCCACCACUUAUAGGCAGCUCAAUUAUUGGCUUUACAUCGGGUCAAUGUUUUUGAUAACGGCCGCUUUUUCGCUUUACAUUCUGUAUUUGGGCUGGACUCAUGUUUAUACGGAGUACGGAGGAGAGUAAGUUGCUUUAAUUUUACGUGGCAAAUACUCGGAGUUUUUUGCAAAAAUUUUCGAGGAUACACGGCCAUAAACUCUUUUUCUUUCGGAUCACGCUAAAAUCAGCUCGUUUGGCCCUCUCUCCUCAUUUGUGUGCCCUCUCGAAAAAGGCCACUGCGUAUCUCGGCUGCUGCUGGAAAGUGUGAGAACUUCCACAUCUUGAUAUAUCGUCGAGCCAGAUACGGCUAUUUACGUAAUGUGUCUAGGCUCUUUGUCGCUUGGCAAAAACCCCAUUUUGCGUAGCGCAUCCGCGAAUGUGUCAAGUUCAAACUCUUCUACGGUAAAUCCUUCGUUUAGACCCGUCAUGUGCGUAAUCAUCGACUCCAUGGGCGGGGAAGCGGCCAACACCUGGUUCGUGGUGUGCGUUAUAAUCAACGCACUUGACGUUUUAAUCUAUGGCGCUGUUUGGGCUACAUUGAAGUUCAAGACCGGCGCUUCCGAGUCCAUGAAGAAAGUGUUCAAGUCACUCCUGGUGAUCAUGUGUUUCGUAUUCUUUGGCUGGAUGCUGAAUGCGUUUGUUCGAUCGAUACUGUUGGUCUACUUUAACAUCCCGAUUGAGGAAUUUUUCUACUAUGCGUCGUAUUUUGGGCUGUGCGCAAACAUUGCGAGCACUUCCAAUUUUGCCGUCUUGUAUAUUUUCAGGUUAGUUUUUUUUUUGCUUUUUAGAAGAUUGCAACUUUCUAGGCCUCUUGCAACACGCGAGAUAAAGUUUUCAGAAAUUCAUAUUAUGUAAAAACAAAACGCAUAUUAAUAGCUUUCCAGAACAAAACUUUUCAGUUUCCAACACUUUCCUAACUAAGUUUAUUUGCAGUUCCGAAUACCGUGCCACAUUCCAACGUCUGCUGGGCCCAAUUUUCCCAUGCAUGAAGCCGAAGCAGGACGAAAAACUCUUCUUCAACACGCCUUCUACGAUUACUGUGUCAGCAGCGCCCAUCAAAUAA